AUCGUUCUGGAGAAUAGUCGUUAUAACCAAUAUGGUGCAGCAAAUUAUGUCUAAACAAAGUUUCAAAGAAGCAAAUGAAGAGGCGUCUUUUUCUAAAUGUGUCUAUAAUGAAUCAUCUUCAGAAACACCAACAUCGAAUACAAAAUUAAUGAAAAUUAUACUUGCAUUAUCUUUAACGUCCAUUGUGAUCAGCCUUGCAUCGAUGGUGUGCGUAUUAACCCUAGCAAAGUUGGAAUGUCACGGUCAAAACCAAGAGGUCGUUCCGGAGGACACAGCUACUUUUGCUCCUAAAGCAAAAGCACUAAGGAUUGUAACACGAAACGAGUGGUUGGCUCAACCUCCAAGGGAAAGAUUAGACGAUCUGAAACUUCCUGUUAAUAAAGUUAUCAUCUCACACACAACGACUGAGGAAUGUAAAACGCAGUCAGCUUGUCUCUAUCGAGUUCGAUCCAUCCAAGGUCAACACAUUGGUGCUGAAAACUAUGGCGACAUUGGCUACAACUUCCUAAUCGGAGGCGAUGGCAAUGUUUACGAGGGACGUGGUUGGCUCAAGGAGGGAACAUUUGUAAGAGGUCAAAACACUAAAAGUAUUGGUAUCACCUUCAUCGGAGACUAUCGUCACGAGGCACCCUCACAGGCCCAAAUGGAGACGAUGGAUGCACUGCUGAAAAGUGGAAUCAAAAGUGGCCAUCUGACACAAGAUUACAGACUGUACGGAAGCUGUCAGUUUAUGCAAACGGAAAGCCCUGGAAGAUUGCUGUAUGUAGAGUUGAAAAAACAUUCCCAUUGGAGCGAUGCACAGUGGGAAAAAAGGGCCUAAAAAAUUACCGCAACAUGAUUUCGCGCAAACCAUCGACUGC